CUACGUAGUUUCUCUUGGCCUGUUGGCAUAACCUUUCUUGAUGGGGAAAGCAACUCACGUUCCUGCCCAAGGCCGGCUUUCGGCAUCAGGGCAGUACUUGCCCAAGAGCGGUGGAUGUAUGGCAACAUCUCGUUCGGGACGUGCUUGCCCACAUCCCAGGGCAACAAAGUUAAUGCCAUAUUGCAAGGGCUGUAUGAAGAAAGGCGAUCCGUCCCUAAAGGCCGUGAAGCAUCCACGCUUUGGAAAGAUCCUCGUGGCUACUCGGAACCUGCCCAAAGGUUACUACGUGGCAUGGUGGGGCAAAUUGUGCAAGAAUAAGAAGCACGUACCUUACAAACGAAUGGAGUGGGCUCUGGAAACCAGCAAGGGUAUGGUGGACGCGGUGCCUUUCAAUGGUUCCUUGCUGAAGUAUUGCGCUUGUCCAGGUCCCAGUGAGCUGCCCACCAUCGAUUUUGCGCCCAACAGUGAUGUUCUGCUGAAGAGUGGGGAGAAGUUGGCAGCAAUUAUUUUCCGCACUUUGCGACCCAUUCCUCGGAAUUGGCAGUUGGACAUGAUGUAUAACAAAGAUGAGAAGACCACGGAUGAUUUCUUCCAAGAGCGUGGGCUGACCCGCGGGGAUGUUGGAACGAAAAGGUAUCCAGCAGAACGAAAGAAGAAGGCUGGACCACCAGCAUACAUGAAAACGAAGACAAUGUCAACCAUGAAGCAGAUGAAAACCGGAAAGAAGAUUUAGUUGACAUGGACAAGUUGCUAAACUCUUGAGAUCUCUUGAGUGGUUUUGGUCUUUUGUAGAACCUCUUGGUGAGAGUGGCUUGGUUCCGAAAGCAAGAUCUUUU